UACAACUUCAGAAGGAGUAAUAACAUAAUCGUCCCGAGUGUUAACUCGCAGUUUCGUAAAAACUCUAUUAGCUAUAGAGGCGCUAUUCUUUGGAACGCUGUCUCGAGUCAUUUUACAGACCAGUUUACUGUUUUUUAUCGCAAAGUGAAGAAGGACAUCUUAUUUUAAGGAACUUGAUUUUAGCGCACAGUCGGUCCAGUCGCUGCCCAGGCACUACCAAGAUUUUAAAUGCUUUUAACUAUUUUUCGAUUUUAAAUGCUGUAGUCAAUUUACUUAGAGGUAACUAA